AUUAAUUACAUGAAAUGUCAAUGGUUAACGUAGAAGAGUAGUCUUAUAAAAGAUCUCAUUUCCAAAUAUUUCUGCAUACAUGAUACAUGUGCCUGUCUACAUCUAACGCAAUAUUGUAGCGUUUCUAGUACAUUUUCAAAGUUGACCAUGCAUAUUUGAUACUAGUACUACGGUAUUUUGAGGGACACAAUUGUUUGUUUGAUGUUUACUCCAUUUUUUAUUAAUUGCAACACUAAAUCUAACGCAUAAAUAUAAUUAUUAGCGUCUUUAAUUUUCUAUUAAUUUAAUGAUAAAUACCUGAUAUUUUGAAAAUAUCCAUUAAGAUAACUCCAACCGUUUACAUACUAUGAUACUUUUUUUUAGGCGAUACUAUGAUACCUUUUUUUUAGGCCAUACGAUGAUACUUUUAUAUUGAUUAAGAUGAGUAUAUGGAUAUUGCAAAGGUUUUACAUUAGCUUUUUUUGAAUUAUUUUUCCACUAAUAGUAAUAGGAUAGGAGCAAACAAGUGACAAGGCCUCUAACUGAGCUAAAUCGUCAAGAUAUCCAAGUACUUUUGAUGUCUGAAAACAUAUAAUAAAAUUGUCUACUUGCCAAAUUGCUGUAUUUUUUUUGUUAAGAAAUGAAAUAAAUUGACAAGAUUAUGCAUAGCAUAGUACUUUUUUACAUGGUUAUGGAAGUUAGGAUGGGUAAAAUAUGGUGUUGUAUAGGCUUGUUGCUACUGAUGCUAACAGAAUUCUCAAAUGGAGAUGACUAUGCUGUAAGAGGUGAAAGGAAGCCCCUUAUUAUCAAUUUCGGAGACUCGAAUUCAGAUACUGGAGGAGUGUUAGCUGGUACUGGACUUCCCAUUGGCUUGCCUCAUGGCAUUACAUUCUUUCACAGGGGUACUGGUCGAUUAGGCGAUGGUCGUCUCAUCAUUGAUUUCUUCUGUGAGCACCUGAAGCUGGGCUAUCUGAGCCCAUAUUUAGAUUCAUUAUCACCAAAUUUUACCAGCGGAGUUAACUUUGCAGUCUCUGGUGCAACCCUUCUUCCUAAGUUUGUACCUUUUGCAUUGAGUGUCCAAGUUCGCCAGUUCAUUCAUUUCAAAAACCGGUCACUUGAGCUCGUGUCCCUUGGAUCUAAGGACUUGAUCAAUGAAGAGGGGUUUGAUAGUGCACUUUACAUGAUUGACAUUGGACAAAACGAUCUUUUGAUGGCCCUUUAUGGUUCAAACUUAACCUAUGAACCAGUUGCUCAAAAGAUCCCAUUCUUUCUUGAAGAAAUUAAAUUAGCUGUGCAGACAAUGUACCAAUAUGGUGGGCGAAGAUUUUGGAUCCACAACACAGGGCCCUUAGGCUGCCAACCCAAAGAAUUUGCCCUACAUUAUUCCCCUAAAAGCAGUGAUCUUGAUCAAGCUGGAUGCCUUCGUGUACAUAACCAAGUAGCAAAGACCUUCAAUAAGGGGCUUCGCUUGCUUUCACAUGAUCUAAGAUUGGUUUACAAAGAUGCUGUCAUUGUGUAUGUGGACGUAUAUUCUAUCAAGUACAGCCUCUCUGCUAACCCUGAAAAAUAUGGAUUCAAGAACCCUUUUGUAGCUUGCUGUGGUCAUGGGGCUCCAUACAACUAUGACAGAAAUGCAACGUGUGGGCAGCCGGGGUCUAGCAUCUGCAGCAAUGUGUCACAGUCGAUAGUUUGGGAUGGGGUUCACUAUACAGAAGCUGCCAAUCGUGUAGUAGCAACAAAGAUACUGUCAGGACAGUAUUCUACUCCACUACUGAAGCUUGAACAAAUCUGGGAUUCUUGAUAUACUUAUAAUUAGGCUAAUCACUAGACUUGCUUGAACUUGGGUACGGCCUUAGCUUGCUGGGGCAACAGGCCUCGUACCACAGCAGGCUGAGCCGAGGAAAAGAUGUGUCGUGCUGGUCUCGUUCCCAUUUUCUAAAGAGAGCCCAGCUCAUGUGUCGUGCCAACGGACCUCCAUAAGAAAUUUUACGGUUUCUUUUACCAUUUUGGUUAAAAUUGAGUAGGCCGGAGGUGGACAACCUAGCAUGCCAGUGCCGUGAUAUACAUAAUACACAAUACAUAAUACAUGUAUGGCCGUGCCAGUAGUGGGCUGGUGCAACCCAUGCCCAGCUCUAAUCCUAAUUUUAUUAAAGAGUAUUUUGUCAGAAGCUGAAGCUACAAUUUGUGAUUAGUAAUUGCAUUUUCUUAGCAAUCCGUACGAGGAUUAGUUUUAAAUAUGUGUG